AUGGUAUCAACUAAAAAUCCAAAUCGACUUCCAAUUUAUAAUCCCAAAAAAGCGCAUCAUCCUACAUCUACAAAUACGAAAUCUGCUCCAAUACAAACGACAACAACGACAGGAACAGGAACAACAUUCGAUUCGUCAACUUUGGAUCAACUACUAUUCAAGACAAGCCAAUUUCAAUCUUUUAUUUCUACUCUACCAGUAGGAAGUGGAAGUGGACCUUUUCUUCAUCCGUCUAGACAAGUCAAUCUCACUAGUCCUAAUCCUAUUCGUACAAGUAAUAUUACCACUCAAACGAAUCUUGGAGUGACCAGUAAUAAUCAACAAACUUUACCGCUCGGCGAAGAUGAUACCAAUAGAUUAGGUGUGUUGGGCUAUGAUCCUCUACAACCUUAUUUCGUCAACUGUCAAUCUCAAAAUCAUCAUUCUGCUCAACACCAACUACCGUAUAAUAUCAUAUCAUCCGAUAAUGCAUCUUCCGUGAGUCAAAUGACCGGAUCUCUCUCCGGUACCAGCUCCAGUAAGAAAACAAUCACAGUUGCACCGGCCAGUUCAGGGCUGGGGCUUACGAAGAAUCAGAAGAAAAAGAAGUCGAGGGGUAAUGGAAAUGGAAGUAAAGAAUUGAUCGUUCAAGUCAAAUUAUCUAAAAAAAUGGGGAAAGAGGAAGAAUGA